CAAACCCAAUCCAAUUCAUUGAUUCCUUCCCUUUAUCAUAGCUUCAAUUGGAAGACUUCCCUUCUCUUUGCCCUGUUAUAUACUCUUCCGGGGCUAAAGCUAAGAACCUCCUUCUGCUCAUCUUAGGUGCUGCAGAAGAAACUUCAGUUUAGGUCCAUUUUACACGUAAAAUGUCGCCCAACUGCCUGAACAGAGAAGAAGAGGCCGUGAACUGCGGUGUCGGGCAAUUCGGAUGCUCGCAUUACAGGAGGAGGUGCAAGAUCAGAGCGCCCUGCUGCGGCGAGGUGUUCGGUUGCAGGCACUGCCAUAAUGAGUCAAAGAACUCGAUGGAAAUCGAUCCCCUUGAUCGGCACGACCUUCAGCGCCAUGAUUUGAAAAAGGUCAUCUGCUCACUGUGUGGCACCGAACAAGAUGUCCGACAGAAGUGCGUCAACUGCGGGGUUACAAUGGGCGAGUACUUCUGCUCCAAAUGCAAGUUCUUUGAUGACGAUGUUUCGAAGAAUCAAUACCAUUGUGAGCAGUGCGGCAUCUGCAGAACUGGAGGGCAGGAAAACUUCUUCCACUGUAACAAGUGUGAUUGUUGCUAUUCAAUAUUGCUGAAGGAUUCGCAUGUUUGCGUGGAGAAAGCAAUGCACCACAACUGUCCCAUUUGUUUUGAGUUUCUUUUCGAUACCUUGAAGGGCAUUACUGUCUUACUAUGUGGACAUACUAUACAUUUGGAAUGUGUAAAGGAGAUGGAGCAGCACUUUCAGUACGCGUGCCCUGUAUGCUCGAAAUCAUACUGUGACAUGUCCCGAGUCUGGGAGAAGUUGGAUCAAGAGGUCGCUUCAACUCCCAUGCCUCAGAUGUACCAGAAUAAAAUGGUGUGGAUACUCUGCAAUGACUGUGGCCAAACAUCGGAAGUGAAUUACCACAUCUUGGCGCACAAGUGUACAAACUGCAGCUCCUACAACACGAGGCAGACUCGGGGAAGGCCUGCUAGUUCAUGCUCGCAAAGUCUCGAGGACUGAUUAGAUUCAAUUCAUCGGAACAUGAAGAAAAGUAACUAUGGAGUUUCUGAGGAGGGAUUCUUUUUAGUGAUAUUUACUUGAAGCUGGAGACCGACUGGACUAUGUAUUUCCUUCAUUCUUUUAUCGAUCACAAUUGUCUUUCUUUUAACUCGCAGAAUAAUUUCUUCAAUAGACAUAGAAUAAGAAUGGUAUGGAGAAUGUAAACAUCAUAUGAAGUUCUUUACACAACCUGGUAGAUGAAGAACCUCCCCCCAGAAAACUUUCACCUU